CCCAUUAUACAAUAACUCACCGCCUCCACAAUUAACUUUCGAUCUGAAUGAGCCAUACAACAUAGUCUCACAAUUGAGUCCGGAAGUGGUUGCUGUCACACAAGAAUUUUCUAGCAUGCAAUUUACGAAUUUUGGUGCUGGAACAUCUGCACCUCCGAUAAAUUUUGGUGCUGGAAAUCGUGGGGAGACGAGCACAAAGAGAGAAUUCCGGCACCCCAAUACAAAUGAGCCAACAGAAGAUUUAACAGACAUAGUGGGAGAUUUCUUUGGGGCCGAUCCUCCUGUUGACUCAGAACCAUCCGAUCAAGAAGAUUACGACAACGUCGACGGGGACCAGGACCAUGAUGACGGUGAGAAUGUUGCCAAUGUUCCUCAUAAUAUGCCAUCAGUGGCACCAACCCAAAACCAACCUCACUUGUACGAGCCAAUACCUUUCUACUCAAUGGAUUAUGAAGAAAUGAUGGCAGACUCAUUUGAUAUUCCAGACGGGCGAUUGUCAAAGUUUUACGAUGCCGAUGAAGGUGUUCUUGAAAAAGGGAUGAUUUUCAAGAGUAAAGAACGACUCAUUGCUGCAGUGAAAGACCACUCUAUUCGGUUCGCUAAACGAGAGUACAAGGUGAUCGAAAGUAAACCAACGUAUUGGAAGGUGAAAUGCAAACAUAAAAGUGAAAGAACACCUUGCGGUUGGUGGUUGCGAGGGUCGGAGAAAGCCGGUAGACAUUCUACCGAGAACUAUGUUGCCGACGCUAUUGAAGAGGAUAUUGCGCAAGAACCAGCGGGAAGAGUGCGUAGAAACAGGCGUCCGCCUAGAUGUGGGACCGGUGGACAUUUCGGACGUCAUUGAUGCUCUUGUUUUUAGUAGUUGACAUUGUGUAUUUGAUAUCUAUGUAUUCUUACGUUUAUCUAAUUUUUAUUUAAUUAUGUAUGACGUUAAAUUUUAAAUUAUUAAUUUAGAAAA